AGCAAACAGGUCUUUGACUAAAUUUCCAUAUUCUUUUCAAUAUUUUUUUUCCUUUUUUUAAAAAUGGAUAUUUGGACGAUACUUUUUAGUAUUUUAGUUAUUAUAAUUGUAUAUCUUUAUUAUGAAUAUAGAAAAGUGAAAUAUUUUGAAAAACAUGGAAUUCCACAUGAAAAACCAUGGCCACUUUUGGGAAAUGUGGGAGAAACAUUGCUAAAAAGAAGAACAAUAUUUCAAUAUAUUCAAGAUGUGUAUAAUUUAAAUAAGGACGCUCAAUACGUUGGCAUAUAUCAAUUUAGUAAACCAGUUGUAUGUAUACGUAAUCCAGAAUUGAUCAAAUCAAUUGCUAUAAAAAAUUUUGAUCAUUUUGUUAAUCAUCCGGUGUUUAUUGAUGCAAAAACAGAACCACUUUUUGGUAACAAUCUUAUCUCAUUGCAUGAUGAUAGAUGGCGAGAAGUAAGAAAUCUUCUGACACCUGCAUUUACAUCAAGUAAAAUGAAAGGAAUGUUUAAAUUAAUGUCAAAUAUUGGUGAAAACUUUAUUGACUAUCUGAUAGAAGAUUCAAAAGAUGGACCAGUUGAAAUAAAUUCAAAAGAUGCAUUUUGUCGUUAUACAAAUGAUGUUAUAGCAACUUGUGCGUUUGGAAUAUCAAUAAAUUCAAUGAAAGAUAAAGAUAAUGAAUUUUAUACACUUGGUAGAAAAGGUACAAAGUUUGAAGGUGCCUUAGCCAUGAUAAAAAUGAUGUUUAUACAGAGUUUUCCAAAUUUAUCAAAAUUAUUUAACAUCCAAUUUAUUGAUAGUAAAGUAGAUAGAUUUUUUCAAAACGUUGUCGAAGAUACAAUUCGUACAAGAGAUGAGAAAGGAAUAACAAGACCAGACAUGAUUCAAUUGAUGAUGGAGACAAGAGCUAAUGAAACAGGACCAACUCUUUCAAUUCAAGAAAUGACAUCACAAGCUUUUAUUUUCUUUUUUGGAGGCUUUGAAUCAUCAUCAAGCCUCAUGUCAUUUGCUGCACACGAAAUCGCUGCUAAUCCUGAAAUUCAAAAAAAACUCCAAAACGAAAUUGAUGAAAUGUUUGAAAAAACAAAUGAAGAUGUUACAUAUGAAGCUGUAAAUGGACUUGUUUAUCUUGAUGCAGUCAUUAAUGAAGCACUCAGAUGUUAUCCCAUUCUUGGCGUUCUUGACAGAGUUUGUACAAAAAGUUUUGAAUUACCUCCAACGUUACCAGGAAAAAAACCACUUCGUCUUGAACCUGGUGAUUUUAUAUGGAUGCCGGUCUAUCCAAUUCAGAGAGAUCCAAUAUAUUUUGAUGAUCCAGAUAAAUUUAAUCCUGAUAGAUUUAUUAAAGACCCUAAAGGCACUUUGAAUUCACCAGCUGGUUUAGGUCCACGAAUGUGUAUUGGAAAUCGAUUUGCAUUAUUAGAGACUAAAGUGUUAUUAGUGCAUCUUGUUGCUAAAUGUCAACUCAAACUGGGCAAAAAAAUGAUUAUGCCACUUGAGUUCAGUAACAGCAUGAUGAUGAGUGCUAAAGGAGGUUUUUGGUUGGAAAUUCAACCAAGAAAAAAAUAAACAGCUAAAUUUAUUAAAUUUUUAAAAGUCGAAAUUCAAGUGAAUUAAUUUGAAAAUUAUUUCCUGAAUAAAAAUUAAUAUCAUUUGUAAAUAAUUGUAGAAUCAGUAGUGGCUAGAAAAUACAGUAAUCGAAAUGAUUAAAAAACAAAAAAAAUUCAAACCAAAAAACGAAAUAUUUUGUAAUAAAAAAAUUGAAUA